UUGAAGCUAGUUCUCGGCGCGCAAACUGAAACUGAACUGUAGAACUGUUGUGAUUUUUGCAAACUUUGAACAUGGAGGCUGAAGAUGAGCUGAAUAGACUCGCGUUAAUACUUCAGCAAAGCCAGGAAAAGUUCCUAGAAUGGACGGGAGAAGGUUUCAGGAAUCAGAUUAUUGAACAGUCUUAUCAACACGAACGUGAGAUAAAGACAGGGAAAGAAAAAAUAGCCGAACUGGAAGAAAAAAUCAAGCAGUACAAUGAAGAAACAGACAGAAAGCUACAAGCCAUACAGCAACAACAAAGUGAGGUUGAAGAUCUUGAAAAACAGCUGCAAGACCUGCAAUUAUCUGCCCAGGUACUAGCAGAGCAGCGUGACAACGACAAAGACCACCUUCAAAUGUUGGAACAGCAAAUCAGUAGAGAAAACAAAGAUAUCAUGGACAAGGAGGAAGCUGCUAAGGCCAAACUGGAGCAUUUUCAAAAAGGUUCUGAGCUCUUCAGGAAGUCCUUAGGGUUGGAAUUCAAAAAGAUUGAUGAUGAUCACCUGCAGUUUGUGUUCAAAUACAUUGACCCUAACGACUGGGAGAGACCUUUCACUUUCACAGUCCGCAUAGACAGCAAUGAUAGGAGCUACAAAGUUAAGGACUGCAUGCCAGAAAUCCAAGAUUUGGACAAAAUGGUAGAAGAGCUGAACAGCAGUGGCCAUUUCUCUAAAUUUGUUUAUAAAGUAAGGAACAAAUUCAAGGAGUUAGCUAAAAAAUCUGUAAUAGUGCAAGACUAACAGUUAUGUGAGCUUUUUGAUGAGUCAAAUAUUUUAGACAGGGGUAACUACUUUGGCAAUGUCAAGAAAAAGACAAAUCUGAAGAGAAAGAGGAGUAUGCAAUUAACCAUUUUGUAAAUAGGCUAUACUUUGUUUGCUAUUAAAUGUGUUGUUUCUAAUACAAAA